CUAUCUCUCCGUAUCAUGGCCCACGUGAGACACUUUCGGACAUUAGUUUCGGGAUUUUAUUUCUGGGAAGCAGCAUUGUUACUCAGUUUGGUUGCAACAAAGGAAACAGACAGUGCAAGAUCUCGAAGUGCUCCAAUGUCACCCUCGGACUUUCUGGACAAAUUAAUGGGGAGGACAUCGGGAUAUGACGCAAGGAUCAGACCCAAUUUUAAAGGCCCUCCAGUUAAUGUCACAUGCAACAUAUUCAUAAACAGCUUUGGCUCUAUUGCUGAGACAACCAUGGAUUACAGGGUGAACAUCUUUCUUCGUCAGAAAUGGAACGACCCACGCCUCGCCUACAGUGAAUACCCUGAUGACUCCUUAGACCUAGACCCUUCCAUGUUGGAUUCCAUUUGGAAACCUGAUCUUUUCUUUGCCAAUGAAAAGGGUGCCAACUUUCAUGAAGUUACCACAGACAACAAAUUGUUAAGGAUUUUCAAGAAUGGAAAUGUUCUUUAUUCAAUAAGAUUGACAUUAACACUUUCCUGUCCAAUGGAUCUCAAGAAUUUUCCGAUGGAUGUGCAAACAUGCAUCAUGCAACUGGAGAGUUUUGGAUACACAAUGAAUGACCUCAUUUUUGAAUGGCAAGAUGAGGCACCUGUACAAGUGGCAGAAGAACUCACUCUGCCCCAGUUUCUGUUGAAAGAAGAGAAAGAUUUACGAUACUGCACUAAACAUUACAACACAGGAAAGUUUACAUGCAUAGAAGUACGAUUCCAUCUUGAACGACAAAUGGGAUACUAUCUGAUCCAGAUGUACAUUCCCAGUCUCCUGAUUGUUAUCCUAUCAUGGGUUUCAUUCUGGAUCAACAUGGAUGCUGCUCCUGCCAGGGUAGCUUUGGGAAUAACCACUGUGCUGACUAUGACCACGCAGAGUUCAGGGUCACGAGCUUCCUUACCAAAGGUUUCAUAUGUCAAAGCUAUUGACAUUUGGAUGGCAGUAUGCCUCCUUUUUGUGUUUUCAGCACUUCUGGAAUAUGCAGCUGUAAAUUUUGUUUCAAGACAACACAAAGAACUUCUGAGAUUUCGACGAAAGAGAAAGAAUAAGACAGAAGCUUUUGCAUUGGAGAAGUUUUACCGUUUCUCAGACACGGAUGAUGAGGUAAGGGAAAGUCAGUUCAGCUUCACAGCCUAUGGAAUGGGACCAUGUCUGCAAGCAAAAGAUGGUGUGACCCACAAGGGCCCAAACCAUCCUGUCCAGGUAAUGCCAAAAAGCCCUGAGGAAAUGAGGAAGGUCUUUAUCGACCGGGCCAAGAAGAUCGACACCAUCUCCCGAGCCUGCUUCCCCUUAGCCUUUUUGAUUUUUAAUAUUUUCUACUGGGUUAUCUAUAAAAUUCUUAGGCACGAGGAUAUACAUCAGCAAUCAGAUUAA